CAGAGCUCCACGCAGGGCUUUAAAGGGAGAUGAGAAAAGGAACAAGAAAGAAGCAAGUCACAAAAACAUAAGACGAGAGGAAGGAGAUACUGACGUCUUAUGAGACAUUUCAAACAGGAGACACAGAUGUAGAUAGAGGAGGAGCACAAAGCGGACUUUUCUUUUUGGAAACAGUUCUUCACCACAUCAGUUUGUCUCUGCUGUUUUACCUGCUGGGACUGGACAAUGACAGAGGAGGCAGAGGUGGGAGUAGAGCCCUCUCCAACCUCAGAGUCGGAGCAACAGGCUCCUCAUUUCCUACAAGAUGUCAUCUUCCAUGGCAAGUUUAAGUUGUUGAAGGCUCUUACCCCAGAGCAGAACACCACCAGCCAGCACGGCCUCUUCUUCCAGGAUGGUCAGCGGCAUGUCGACUACGUCCUCACCUAUCCUGUGAAGAAACCAGCCGGGAGUCGCUCCACCCGGCCUGCAACACACCUUCUGAUUGAAAAUGCCGUAGCACGCAGCCUGCGCCGUGGCCCCAAAAGUCGCGAAGAACGUCUCAAACGUCAACAAGCAAAAAAUCUGAAAGACUCACCUGCAGCGGACGUGGAGCUAGGCCUUCAUGGAGAGACCCUCAACAGCCAGGAGGACCACAAGACUUUCAAGAGGGAGGAGUUUGAGGGGAAACUGAGAGACAUGGGGCUGGAGCUGGAGAAAGAAGAGGAUACCAAAAUUCCAGGAGUCUCUUUUGUAAAGAUUCACGCUCCCUGGAAUGUUCUCUGUCGAGAGGCGGAGUUAAUGAAGCUGAAAAUGCCCACAAAGAAGGUGUAUGAAGUGAAGCAGUCGGGCAGUGUUAUGGAGAAGAUCAGCUCUCUGGUCAAUAAAGUUUUGGAGCCUCUUCAUCCUCAGGUUGAGGAACAUCAACUUAAAAACUUCAAACAUCUGUCGCACACUUUCUCCAGAGAAAAACAGCACCUAUUUGACCUCUCAGACAAAGAUUAUUUCUUUGAUAGCAGAACAAGGAGUUCAAUAGUUUAUGAAAUACUCAAAAGAACAAAAUGCAAGGCCAAGUACAGUAUGGGAAUCACCAGUCUGCUGGGUAGUGGUGUCUAUAUAGCAGCUUACCCUCUCCAUGAUGGGGAUGUGAAUGAAGAGAGUGCAGAGAUCAAUGACAGAAAGCUUUUAUAUGAGGAGUGGGCAAACUACAGUGUGUUCUACAAGUACCAGCCCAUUGGACUUGUGCGGGGAGGCCAGUAUGUCAGGGCUUCAGUUAUAGCCAGUGCAUGUCCAGAUAAACCAUUGCUUGAGGCCAAAAGUUGCAACAGCCCAACCCCUGUUAGUCUGAAGUACUUUGGUGAGAAGAUUGGUUUGUACUUUGCUUGGUUGGGUCUGUAUACCCAGAUGCUGAUUCCUGCCUCUCUAGUGGGGGUUAUCGUCUUUCUGUAUGGAUGUGCAACUGUUGAUGACAACAUACCAAGCAUGGAGAUCUGCCAUCCAAGAAACAACAUCACCAUGUGUCCCCUGUGUGAUCGAGUGUGCAGCUACUGGAAACUCAGCAGUGCCUGUGGAACAGCACGGGCCAGUCACCUAUUUGACAACCCAGCCACAGUUUUCUUCUCAAUAUUCAUGGCUCUCUGGGCGGCCAUGUUCAUGGAGCACUGGAAGAGGAGGCAGAUGAGGCUGAACCAUGAAUGGGACCUGACUGGGUUUGAAGAGGAAGAGGAAGCUCUCAAGGACCACCCCAGGGCUGAAUAUGAAUUCAGGGUUAUGCAGAAAUCUCUGAGCAACGAUAAGAAAUUCCGACACAAGAGGGAAAAGCUCACAUGUCAAGACCGCCUCCCUGCCUACAUGACUAACAUUGUCAUGAUGCUGUUAAUGAUUGGUGUUACAUUUGCCAUUGUGUUUGGAGUUAUCCUCUAUCGAAUCUCCACAAAAGCCGCCCUUCAUAUGAGCACCAACCCGACCACACGGAACCAUGUACAGCUGACAGUUAAAACCACUGCAGCCAUCAUCAAUCUGGUGGUAAUCCUCAUACUGGAUGAGGUGUAUGGAGCUGUGGCACGAUGGCUCACUGUGUUAGAGGUUCCUAAAACUGACAAGAGUUUUGAGGAAAGACUCAUCUUCAAGACUUUUAUUCUGAAGUUUUUCAAUGCCUUCACCCCCAUCAUCUAUAUCGCUUUCUUCAGAGGAAGAUUGGUGGGCAGACCAGGCAGCUACCUGUAUGUGUUUGAAUCCUACAGAAUGGAAGAGUGUGCUCAUGGUGGCUGUCUGAUGGAGCUGUGUAUCCAGCUGAGUAUCACCAUGUUGGGAAAGCAGCUCAUUCAGAACAAUCUUUUUGAAAUUGGAAUACCCAAACUAAAGAAGCUGAUUCGCUACAUUCAGUCAAAGCAGGGGGCUUUUCAGGAAGAGGAGAGACAGAAGAAGCUGCAGAGAUAUGAAAAAGACCACUUCCUGGAGCCUUUUGCUGGGCUUACACCUGAAUAUAUGGAAAUGAUCAUUCAGUUUGGUUUUGUCACGCUGUUCGUGGCCUCUUUCCCCCUGGCUCCUCUCUUUGCUCUGCUCAAUAACAUCAUUGAAAUACGACUUGAUGCCAAGAAAUUUGUGGCUGAGUUGAGAAGACCAGUGGCGGCAAGAGCCAAAGAUAUUGGUAUAUGGUACAAUAUACUCAGAGGGGUGGCCAAAGUGGCUGUCAUCAUUAAUGCAUUUGUCAUCUCCUUCACCUCAGACUUCAUCCCUCGGAUGGUCUACCAGUAUAUGUACAGCCCUGAUGGCUCCAUGCAUGGAUUUGUCAACCAUACGCUGUCCUAUUUUAAUGUCAGCCACUUCCAGGAAGGCAAAGAAACCAUCAAUCCAUUGCACCUUGGGUAUCCUGUAGAGAUCUGCAGGUAUAAGGACUACAGAGAACCUCCAUGGUCAAUCACUCCAUAUGAGAUCUCCAAGGAGUUCUGGGCCGUGCUGGCUGUCCGACUGGCUUUUGUCAUUGUUUUCCAGAAUGUUGUGAUGCUAAUGAGUGACAUAGUGGACUGGCUAAUCCCAGACAUCCCUAAAGACAUCAGCCUCCAGAUCCACAAGGAGAAGAUAUUACUGGUGGACCUCUUCUUGAAAGAAGAGCAAGGCAAGAUUCAUAACCUGGAGAGCAGGACCUCUGUAAGGGGCAAGGAGAACUGCAGCACCAGAAAAAGCAACAACAACAAUAACAGCACGAAGGCUCAGCAACGCUCUGGACCGCACAACAACAGCACUAAAAGCCUCUAAUGCCAUCUACCCUGAUUUCUUAGUUCAGUCGUAGUACAUUUUUUAACAGCCUGUCUUCAGGACAACCUAGACUCUGUGUUUUUGUUCUUGUUCAGAUCAUUCCAACAAGUGGGAGAGCAGCUGUCUGUUAAGAUGUGAAGAAAGAUAUUGUGAAUGUAUGAGAACAUAAUGUUGUAAUGCGUGUGUGUGCCGAAUAAUGAAAUUGUAUCUCAAUUUGCUUACUCCGAUGUAUGAAUGUGCAUAGUAAUCUUUAAGUGUACACAAAUGUAUAAAUGGGCACACAUAUUUCUGAAUGUAUAAAGACUAAUGCAUGCUCCAAUCUCUUUAUAUGGGUAUGAUUUCUACAUUGUAUAAGAAUCUGAAGAUGUAUACUUAAAAAAGAAAAAAAUCAGUAAAUGUAGCUUUUUAUUUUAUUUGUGAGUAAAGAGUGCAAAGGUCAUAUUCACUCAGUCUGUCAUCGAUUACAGCCAGAGAUUUCAGAAAUCAGUACAAAAGGAAAUAUUUUUUUCUGUAACAAAAUGUGUUUUUUUUUUUCUUUUGAAGGCAGUUUUGAAACUGGAAGUUUGUAUUUCAUCCUGCAUGGUGCAACCAAGUGAAACACUGAGGUUAUGUCAUGAGAAAUACCAGGUUGUUGUUUUACUGCUUUUUUAUGUUGUGUUCUCAGCAGAAAAACUCUACUAUAAAAUGUUAUGCAUCUUUAAA